CUGCACCGCCCCGCCCCCCGCGCGAUGCGCAGGCGCAGCGGCAGCUCCUCUCUAUAAAAGGUCGCGCCUGAGAGAGCCUCGGCUGUGGUCGGGAAGCCGGGACCAUGUCGCGAUAUGGGCGCUAUGAGACCAAGGUGUACGUGGGCAACCUGGGCACGGGCGCGGGCAAAGGCGAGCUGGAGAGAGCCUUCAGCUACUACGGCCCGCUGAGAACCGUGUGGAUCGCGAGGAACCCGCCGGGGUUCGCCUUUGUGGAGUUCGAGGACCCGCGGGACGCUGAAGAUGCCGUGCUUGGCCUCGAUGGGAAGAUAAUAUGUGGCUCGAGGGUGAGAGUGGAAGUGUCCACGGGAAUGCCGCGGCGCUCCCGUUACGACAGGCCCCCUGCCCGGCGCCCCUUUGACCCCAACGACAGAUGCUACGAGUGUGGUGAGAAAGGCCACUAUGCCUAUGACUGUCACCGCUACAGCCGCCGCAGGAGGAGCAGGUCCCGGUCUAGAUCGCGCUCGAGGUCCCGAGGAAGGAGGUAUUCUCGGUCACGCAGUCGGAGCCGUGGUAGGAGAUCAAGGUCAGCUUCCUACCGCAGGUCCAGGUCAAUCUCUCCUCGUAGAUACAGAUCAUUUUCACCUCGCAGAUCCCGAUCUGGCUCUCUAAGAAGGUCAAGAUCUCGGUCCAGGUCACGCUCACGGUCCCGGUCUGUUGUGUGGCCUCGAAGCAGGUCUGAGUCUCAUGGUAGAUCUAAAUCUGGCUUACCUGCUAAAAGUCGCUCAAAGUCCAGAUCUCCAUCUCCAAAGAGAAGUCACUCACCAUCAGGAAGCCCUUGAAGGAAUGAAAGUCCUGAAAGAACAAAUUCAAAUUUCAGAAGUUUAAGAAAAAAUUUAUUUUGUUUACAUUGUAAGGGAUUUUGUGAUGUAAGGGCUUAGUCCUAGAAGGCUGUUUCUGUUGACUAGCAAUUGGCAUGAAUACUAUAUCUUUUAAAAGUCUUACUAGCAGACUAAUACAAAACUCUUGUUAUGUUCAUGUUCUGUGAUCUGGAAAUGUUGGGCUCUUUUUUUGUUAAUUGUUGCAUUAAAAUAAACUGUGCAUUUCUAACUAAGAAAUA